UGAAAAUCUAAACAAUGUCUUUAAUUCAUUCUGUAUCAAAGACCGGGUUCAAUAUUAUACUUUUAUGCUAUGGAUUUGGGUUACUACAUUUUUUAGUCUUUCUUUUAUGUGCAGAAUGAACGCAGCACGGCAUGUCCUGAAGUGCUACAGGUUUGCAUGCCAUUCAACUACGUUAAACUGCAGCAGGAGCUUUUCUACUUCACAGUGUAAAAUGACAACACGGCACAAGAACUCCAAAAGAAUCGAGGGACUGGACAAGAAUGUCUGGGUGGCGUUCACUUCAGUGGCAGCGGACCCGUCCAUUGUUAACCUGGGUCAGGGCUUUCCAGAUAUCCCUCCUCCUUCUUACGUCAAGGAGGCUCUAGCAGAGGCUUCUUCAGUGGACCGGAUGAACCAGUACACCCGAGGCUUUGGUCACCCAUCUUUGGUGAAAGCUCUGUCUCAGGUCUAUGGGAAGGUCUGCGGGCGCCAGAUUUUGCCCCUUCAAGAGAUCCUGGUGACACUGGGGGGUUAUGGCUCCUUAUUCAGCACUAUGCAGGGACUGGUGGAAGAGGGAGACGAGGUCAUCAUAAUCGAGCCUUUCUUCGAUUGCUAUGUCCCCAUGGUGCGGAUGGCGGGGGCCAAGCCUGUGCUUAUACCGUUACGCCUUAAGUCUGGGAAGAAGACGGGAACAAGUGCCUACUGGUUUCUUGAUCCCAAGGAGCUCUCAAGUAAAUUUAACUCCAAGACAAAGGCCAUCAUCAUCAACACCCCAAACAAAAAGAAUGUGCCCCAGGGGUCGGCCCUGGGCAUAUAG